CUGCUUGUAGUACCUCACUACGUACAUCACUAGUUGUUACAAGUAUUUGCAACCAGCUGAGGAAGCAAAUACAUUAUUGUAACUGCAGCACCCUUUGAAUGGCGCCCUCGAUCCAGGCUGCUUCUGUCGUGAACUGCCACGAUAUGGUGACCAAGACCGAUGGCAGCAGCACUGUGCAGGUGGCCGCCGGUGGCGUCGAUACUAGCGAGAAGUUUGCGCCCUCCGUGUGGGGUGACUUCUUUGUCACCUACGUCCCUCCUAUCUCACAGAGGUCGGAGGAUUAGAUGAGGGAGAGGGCGGAGCAACUUAAAGGGCAAGUACGUCAGGCGUUCAAGGGGGGCAAGGACGCCAUGACUGUAGCCGAUGCACUAACAUAUGUGGACACACUUGAACGACUAGGCAUAGACAAUCACUUCCGUGAAGAGAUUGAAGAGGCACUAAGCCUUGUCCAUGCAGAGCAGGUGGAGACUGACGGCUCCAAUAGCCUACACAUCACCGCACUUAAGUUUCGCCUACUUCGGCAACAUGGACUUUGGGCAUCUGAGGAUGUAUUCGAUAAAUUCAGAGAGGACCAAGGUAGUUUCAGCGAAAGCGUUGGCAGUGACCCGAGGGGCCUUUUGAGCUUGUACAAUGCAGCUCACAUGACAACACCAGGUGAGGUCGCUCUCGACGAUGUCAUCUCCUUUGCAAGGGGCCACCUGGAGGCUAUCAAAGGCAAUGUCGGAUCACCAAUUGCAGAGCAGAUCUCCCGUUCCCUAGACAUCCCCCUCCCAUGGUUCACAAGAAGGAUUGAAACCAUGCACUACAUUGAUGAGUAUGAGCAGGAAGGGGUGUACGAUGGCAUGUUGCUAGAGCUUUCUAGGCUGAACUUUAACCUCGUUAGGAUCCUUCACCUCAAGGAGCUCAAGGACCUCUCAUUAUGGUGGAGGGACCUAUAUGAGACCGUGAAGCUACCAUAUGCUCGUGACCGUAUGGUGGAGAUCUACUUUUGGACAUGUGGAAUGCUCCAUGAGGAGGAGUACUCUCGUGCAUGGAUCCUAUUCGCCAAGGUGUUUGGAAUGGUGUCUCUUCUAGAUGAUACUUUUGAUGUCCAUGCCACAUUAGAGGAGUGUCACAAGCUCAAUGAAGCAAUGCAAAGAUGGGAUGCAAAUGAGGUUUCUAUUCUACCGGAAUAUCUUCACAUGUUGUACAUCAAAACUCUCGGCAAUUUCAAAGAGUUUGAGGAUGCAUUGGAACCAAACCACAAGUAUCGCAUGGCCUACAUUAAAAAAGCGUACAAGCUGUCAUCACAAUAUUACCUACGUGAGGCUGUCUUGUCUAGCAAGAAAUAUCGGCCGAGCUUCAAGGAACAUGAGGAGAUAUCUAUUAUGACCUCGGGUCUACCGAUGCUUACUCUCGUGACACUAAUGGGCUACGGUGAUGUGGCAAGCCAAGAGGUAUUUGAAUGGGUAGACAGAGUUUCUGGAAUGGUCCGCGCUGGUUCACAAGUCACUCGCUUCCUCAAUGGCAUGUCUUCUUACAAGUUGGGAAAGCAUAAGAAGGAUAUGCCUAGCGCCGUGGAGUGCUACAUGAUAGAGAACGACUCAACGGAUGAUGAAGCUAUGGCAGCUGUCGCCGCACUCCUAGAGAAUAGGUGGAGAAUAUUGAACCAGGUGACCAUCGAGAUAGACCGUGCACUGUUGCCGGCGGCAGAGGUGGUGGUGAACAUGGCAAGGACAAACGAGAUCAUUUAUCUCAAAGGCAGGGAUGCCUACACCUUCGGUGGCGACCUAAAGGACCUCGUCACCGCACUCUUCCUCAAUCCGGUAUCCCUUUAGGUUAUGUUGUAAUCAACCAAGAUGGAUACGAUGCUGCCAUGUACACUUGAGUACGUAUCCAUGAUGUCCGUGUAAUAAGGUAACUCAUCUAUGUGUGGAUACAGCGUAAGCCCAGCUAGAUCGACAAAAUGAACACACCCCCACCGAAUGUAUCAGGGGGUGUUUGGUUCAGAAGUCCUAGGACUUUUUCUAGUCCCAGGGACUAAUCAAAAAAGACUCUCUAGUAGAGUCUUUUUCUAGUUCCUGUAAAAAAAGUCCCUUCUGUUUGGUUCUUAGGGACUUUUUAAGGACUUUUUCUAGUCUUUGGGACUAAAAAGUCCGUGAACCAAACACCCCCUCAGUAUCCAUGUCAUAG